UGGCAGCGUCCUCACUCUCUCUGAGCUUCACACACCUGAACGACCUGCCUGAAACACAGCACAAUCAGCAGCAUCACCUGGCAGCGUCCUCACUCUCUCUCUCAGCUUCACACACCUGAACGACCUGCCUGAAACACAGCACAAUCAGCAGCAACAUGACAUCUCAAGUGGCAGCACUUCUCUUCGUCGCGACAGUGUGCUUGGGCUAUGCAUCAGCAUUCUCUGAGGUACCCGUGGAUUGCUGUCUCCUCACCACUGAGACACGUUUCCCUCGCCACUUCAAGAUGGUCUCCUACCUCCUGCAGACCACAGAGAAAGGCUGUGACAUCGAUGCCACUGUGUUCAUCACUAAGACAGGGGUGAGAUUGUGCACGCCCCAUCCCACAAAGAGCAAGUGGGUGGCAGACUACAUCAAACGUCUGGAGCGAACCAUCUCCCUCUGAAUAGCUGAUACACCUCAGCAGUAAAUGAGGAUGAAAACAGCAGAUUGAGACCAGAAGAGGAAUGAAGGAGAGGAGUGGAGAAGAGGAAUGGAGGAUGUUAUUUGAUGGGGACAACUGAAGACGAUACACAAUUGUCCUGUCUUCAGCCACAUUCAUUUCAACCUUUUUUUUUAACCAGAUACUGUAGUAGACUAUUCGUCAGCAGUACAUGAUGUAAAUGCAUAGAACAGGAAGAAAAUACAUCAAACUGGAUUUAAAAAUUGGAUAUUCAUGUAGUAAAAUGUGUUUAUAUGGUUCGGUGGUUUUUGAUUGUGAUGAGUAACUGAAAUAUGGACCACACAACUGAUAAGAUUUUCCCAAUGCCUGAUGUGUAUAUCCACAUUUGUUUUUGGUGCUACUGACGUUUUAAAACUAUUAUUUUUUUUAACUCUGUCUGUGAAUAAAAGUACAAAUUACUAUUUCAAUAAAAGAUGAAGUAAAAAAAAAACUUUU